UUCCACUCUCAUCAGCCCAUUCCAUAUUUUAUCUCCAAGUCGACCGUUAGAUUUCCUUCUCAUAUGGCUUCGUGAAAAUGAAAUAAAGCACCCUCUACAUUUUCAGUUUAUUUUUUCUCAGAGGUGCCAAUCUCUUUCUGAUCCAUGAAAUCCAUCCACACCCACAUUAUAAUUGAUAUUUCGACCAAUUUGUCUGACCUCAUCUCUGAGGAACUUAUGUGUAAUAACCUGUGCUUUGGAGCACUUGAUGAUUAUGCUCACAAACUGUUCGAUGAAAUUACUCAUCCAACUGCGUUUCCAUGGACUUCAUUGAUUGAUUCAUGGAUGAUAGAGGCUAUUGAUCAAGUAUUGAGCUAUCAAAAAUUGCUAUCAAGGAGACAUCAAGGCACUUGUAAGGAGUCUUAUGGACCAGGACUAGAUGGUGCAAGUACAGCACAUCUAGCAUGAAGCCAAUGAAUGUGCGGAUGUUUUAGUGAAGCGGGGAACUCACUAACGGAACCUUUUGAUUGUGUAUAGCAGCUGUCCUAGUUUUGUAUAUGUAAACUAUGCAAGGGAUUUGGCUGG